AUGCCGCACCAAUACUUUGUCUGCAUCCUGCUGGCUAGUCUCAUUCCAUCACGAGUUCUAGCCGCACCUACUGGACGUCCUUCUGUAGUUGCAAGAUAUGCAGCUAUGUGUGACGACCCCAAUUUAUCCUGGGAUGAGAAGAAGGAUGCUUCCUGCCCAAUUUGUGUAAUGGAUAGCUUUCCGAUGGAAUUGUUCGACAAGUAUUGUGGCCCAACUAUGGCUCCCUCUGUCACUCACCAAUACGCCGCGGGUGUCUGGAGACGUGAGGAUGGAUCAGUGCCUGCAGUUCCCGCUGACGACAGUGAGAAUGACGAAGAAGAUGCCAAAUUUCAUGCUCUUCCUUACCUCAACCGACCUCAGAAUCUUGUACCGGUUCUUCCUGAUACCGGCAAGCACAUCAAGCCUCUGCCUGUUCUAAAGCCUUACCCCAUCGCCAUGCCGGUUCCUAUUGAACCUCCGCAAAUCAUCAACCCAAGACCUAUCUCUGAGCUCAAUCCAGGUUUUCCGGUUGACCAUGAGACACACGUGGCUAGCAAGCGUCGCAGUGUCCAAAGUAUUGAGCUUGAGCCUGUCGAUAAAGACUUGCCAGCACACCUGAUUACUAGUGGCCUUUGGGCUGAGCGUCACCACAAGGCUGAUGGUAUUUAUCGCCGCGAAGAUGCGCUCUCCGAAACCGAGCCAGCAGGUUCUUCCCUGCCAGCCCAAGCCACAACUGCAGAGGUUGAUGAAGACUUCCUUUCAAAAGAAACUGUGGCGAGUGUUUCCGAUGAAGACCCGGAAGUCUCAGAGGAUCAAAUUGUGACGAGCUUUGACAAGGUUACUCACAAACCUGCUUCUGUAAUAUGGCGUAGGGAGGUCCCCCGUCCAGCCAACCACUUUAGAUUAGGGUACCCAUUACGCCCGGCCAAUGGUCUUACACCCCUUCCCUUGAUCAAAAGCGUACAGCCUAUUGACAAGGAGGAUCAAAAACGAGAGGCAAAUCCUGUACCCCCGCCAGAGUUCUUCGAACACGGUCACUCACCUUCAAAACCAUUAUCCUCUCUGAAGCCCAAUCGACCAAUCCCUAUUCCAUCUGACGGCUGGACCACCUACGAAUCCCCUCCCAUCAUCUCCCCUGAAGCCCCUCACAUCCUCGCCCGCCAAUCCCCCGGAGCAUCCGAACCCGGGCUCGACGACGACUACGCCAAGUACGAAAAACAGCGCAAGAAAGAAGAAAAAAAGAAAGCAAAGGAAGAAAAGAAGAAACCCAAAGACGAAGAAUUCUACAACACCGGACCCCCAGACGUAUGGUUCACCCCGGCCAUAACCCACAUGCAAGUCAGCAGCAUCCACCGCCGUGAUGACAAUGCAGACCCGCAACAACCUCCGUCCCUCCCCCUCCCACCAGCCCAAAAGCCAACCUGGAAAUACACACUCCCCUGGUUCACCCCGGCCCUGACCCACGCAGAAGCAACCGACAUCCACCGCCGCGCCACGACCCAACCUGCCGACCUCGACUUCGCAGACGGCAAACGCCCCAUUUGGACCCCGGCGCUGACACAUAUGAAAUGGCCGGAUAUCCAUCGGCGUGAGAAGAGACUCGUGUGGGCGGAUCGGAAGCCUACGACGGAGAAUCCUGCUAAGACGCAUGGGAAGGCGUGGAUUGUGCAGCGGAGGGAUGUCGUAGGAGAGUAG